AUGCCAUCAACUGACGCACACAAAGUUUCAGACAGGGACAAGAGAAUGGUAUGCUAAUUUUAUAUUUACAUAAUUGUGCGUAACUUAAUUUGUUUGACUGAACUGGUGUCGUGACUAAACUGAUUUAAUAAACAUAUAUAUCAUUAUAUAACAUGAAACUAACACUUAAAUUAAACUGAUAUACAGUAUAAAUUGGGCAAAGCUUAUAAGAAAGACAAUUUCGUUUAGUCUGUGCAUCAGAGCUUUCUUUGUAUUUUGUGGCUUCAGCCAUGCUGAUUUUUGUAAUUUCCGUUUGUAAUUUCUGUAUGCAAUUUGAUACUAGAUACAGUAUGAACUGUUUUGUAGAUCGUAAAGGAAGCAAUAUCCUCACAGGAAAGGCCAGAGUGUUCUACUGCUGAGCCAACCACAUCCAAAGAAGUGGAAGUAUCGGCAAGUACAAGUCAAGAGGAUCCUGAUCAGCCUGAUGUGUCACCUGCUUGUGUUAGUUGUGCACACCUUUUAACAGAGAACAGAAAACUGUCCAGAGAUGUUAAAACAUUCAGGGAAAUUAUGAAAAGGCGACAAAAAGAAGUAAAAAAAUUCCGGAGAAAAAGUAAGAAUAAAGUAACCUUUGGGUUUCCUUCUAUUUGAGAUGGGUUGAGUUGGAAAGUGGGCCAAUUUGAUAUAUUUUUAGGGAACCAUAAUGGAAUAUGUUCAUUUAUAUUUUUAGUAAAUAACUUGGAAUCGAGAAUAAAGAAAUUAAAAACAGCUGUCAAGAGUCCAGAGAAAAGCAAAGGAGUAGAAGAAGUCAUUGCUACUGACAGUGAUGAGAAUGAGGAGGAUUAUGAAAUGGAAGAAGAGUACUCUGAAGAAGAAAGUAGCUCUCAUGCAUCCCAGUAUGAAACUGAAACAGAAACAUCUGAAACUGAGGACUCAAUUGACUUGGACAUGUAAGUUAACAUGUUGUGUUACAGGUUAUAUCUCUACAAGAAACAUAUGAAUUUCCUACCCCAUCAUCAUUACAAGUUUUUAUGUGUUUUUCUACCCCGGGUGCCAGAGGUUCUUCCACGCUCGUAGGUGGGUAAUGGAAGAUAAUGGGGCAUGUGGCACUCAGGGUAGUGUUAUUCUCAUUCAUUAAUUAAGAAGUAAUUAUUAUAUGGCAACCAUCACUUCCGGUUAAAUGGCAGACUGUGAUUGGCUGAGAAGCACUUUCAGCCGUCCAUCAUUUUCUCGUAAUGGACCGACGGUCUAUUAUGUAAAAAUAAACGCACACAUUUUAAAAAAUGAAUUAAAAAUUUUAAAAUUUAAUUUGUUAUUAAUAAGAUAUCUGCGAAUGGUUUUAAGUGAAAUUAGGAAGGAAUACAUUGGUAAUUUUUGUUUUCUUCGACCAAAUGUGUACCACUAAUACUACUAAUAUCAGUAAUAUGCAUUUCAAAUCAUGCAUUUCUUGUUUGAUAAACAUUUUAUUAAUUAACCUCGCUUGCUCUGUCUUUAGAGAGAAAUAUCGGACCUUGGUCUUUUUGUACCAACCUUUCGGUCUGUACAAAAAAAGACCUUGCGCUCAAUUAAUAAGAAUUUAAUAAUCUUUUAAUUUUUUUAUCUCCUAGAUUACCCCUGGCAGGCACAAACCUACGGACAGAACCAAAGCAUAUUGUAUUUCUGUCCAACUUACUCCAAUUGUUCAAGUUCUGCCAAAUAUGCAAGCAUGAUAACCCUGAGAUAGAAGUGAAAGAAUGUGGAACAAGUGUUUCAAUAAAGUUAAAAUGCCCUUCGUGUAUGCAGGAGAUGGAUUGGCAUAGUCAGCCAUAUAUGCCUGGUUCAAAUUCACAGAUAAGAGCUGGUAAUUUCCUUCUUAGCUUCUCAAUACUGGUUAGUGGAGGAUCACCUGGAAGGACUGUGAAGCUUUGCAAACAUAUUGGACUUGGCUGCAUCAGUUUGAAAACAUACUACAUAUAUCAGAGGGUGAGUAAAAGAAUAUACAAUAUAAGUUGCUUUUACAUUACCAUCUUGCCCCCAACAUUUCAAUACUAAUCUAUGGAUGUGCUGGUUAUUACAUAGUUACUGUAUUAGUAGGAGCUGAUACAAUUGUAAAGUGUAAAUUGAAACAGAUUGGUUAAAAUAACACAUAAAUUGGUUAUUUCAGUCUUGAAUGGAAGGUAUUAUUAAAACAUCACUAAAAUACUUUUUCUGUUGUAGGAAAAAUUAUUUCCAACAAUUCACAUAUAUUGGGAGAAAUACCAAAAGAAUGCAUUGGAAAAAGUUAAAAAAGAGAGCAGUGAUGAGAUAGUUGUUGCAGGAGAUGGUAGGCAUGAUAGUAUGGGCCACAGUGCCAAGUUUUGUGCUUAUACCAUCUUCUGUUGCAAUGUACCCAUGAUAAUUCACUUCGGCAUUGUGCAGGUAUACAGUAUGACAUGCUCUGCAUUUUAAAUAACACAGAGUAAUUUUUAUUCGCAAUAUAAUGGAUUACAUUAAAUUUUGAAUUUAGAGAAAUGAAGCUGGAAGUAGUCCUGCCAUGGAAUUUAUGGUAUUCAAGAAGUGUAUGGAUGAUCUAAUUGGUUGGGACCUUCUGAUUCAAACAUUCAUCUCCGAUAGGCACAAGUCGAUCUCCAGUCAUAUGAGGAAAGUGUUGAAGCACAUAACUCAUUACUUUGACAUUUGGCAUUUGAAGAAAAGUAAGUUUGUUGAAUUAAUUUUUUAAUAUUGCAUGUACUGUUGUAGGACCAGUAUCUGGUUACCUUGCUUGUUUCCAGUGGGUUUCUCAACCUCGUACCCGGGGUCUUUCCUCUUGUGGAGAAAAGAUCCUGGUAGACGCUGGUCACAUGAUUUGCUAAAAUUUAGCAGAUUUCUAUUUAACUACCUUUGGAUUCCUUUACGACAAUCAUCAAAAAGCAAUUUAUAAUUUAACUUUUCUCCCCUCGCCAAGAGGAAAGACCUGGUACAAGGUUGUGGGUUUCUUGGCAGUCAGUUAUAAUUUGAUGAUGUAAAGACACAAGUUAUUUUCUUAUUUUUCAUAGAAAUUCGUAAGGUGCUGUCCAAGAUAGCUAAAGAGAAAGGUUUUGAAGAUUUGGCUGACUGGAUCAAGCCAUGUCUUAACCACCUUCAUUGGAGUGCCACAUCGACAUAUGAUGGUAAUGGCUUGGUUAUCUGGGCCAAGUUUAAAGCAUUUAUGAGCCAUGUUGUGAAUGAGCACUCUGAUUUAGAAGAUCCUCUCUUUAACAAAUGUGCUCAUGGUGAUAUUGGCCCUAGGAAAUGGUUAACAAAAGGUAUGUUGAACAAAAUGAUCACCUAUAAAAUAUAAAGAGAGAGUAUUUUUGAUACAUACAGAAGUUUAUAACUAAAUUUUUAAUAGAGUAGUCCAGUCAAUCUGUGACCAGAGGUCAAAGAAAUUGCAAUAGAAUUUUUUUCAGUGGUAAAAUGUGAGGGAAGGUGUCCUGAUUAACUAUACUAAAAAUCCAAAAAAGUCCCUUCGGUGGAACAUGGUGAAGAUCAAGUUUUUCCUAUAUACCUAUACCUAUAGAAAACCAUUGUGGAUAGAAUGUUCAAAUUUUGAAAUCAUUUUUAGGCAAAUGUAACCUACAUUAUUGGAAAGCUUAAACAAAACUAUAUUAAGGUCAAUUAAACCGUUAUAUUCAAUUUACUGGUCAGUUUGUCGUUAUUCUAGCUCAAAGUUGGAAAAAUAGCGCAAAAUUUGCACAAAAUACAAAUUUAUGGCAUUUUAAAUCUUGUAUAACUUCGGCUGGAUAGGCAAAAGCAAGGUAACCGUUUAAUGAUCUAUAUUUUAGUUUUUUCUAAGCUUUCCAAUGAUGCAUGUUAUAUUUGGAAAAAAAAAUUUCAAAAUUUCAACAUUUUGUCCGCAAUGCAAUGGUUUUCUAUAGGUAGAAGUAAGAAAAACUUGAUUUUCACCAUGUGUUAAUAUGUUAAUCAGAACAACUUUUCUCACACUUUACCAGUGACAAAAAAUCUAUUUCAAUUACUUUGAUCAGGACCAUGUACUUAUAGUGAUUUGACUGGACUAACUUUUAGAAUAAUUGUAUUUGUUAGUGUGACAGACUUGUGAGUUGUGGUACAGCAGAUAUUUUAUAUUUAUAAGCCCAAAAUAAAAGCAAAAUAUGUAGAGUAACUAAUUGAUAGAAUGCUGGUUGUUGUACUGUAUGUAACUUAAACUGUUGAUAGCUGUGUUACACUGUUACACUUAAAAAAUGUUCCUGGUACAGUAUACAUAUCUUGAAUUAAAAACUGAAGCAUAUAAUAUUUUACAAUUUUAAAAUGUUAUAACAUUCACCACAUAUAGGAACCCCGUUACAUGAUCGGCUUUGUGCAGAGCUGACGAAGAAAUUCCUGGUUGCUGGUAUAAAGAAAGCUUCACCAUUAGCUCAAACCAGCUGUUUGGAAGGCUUUCAUUCUGUUCUAAACCACUUUGCCCCAAAGAUGCUGGCAUAUUCCUACACUGGAAUGUAUUGCCGGUAUGUACAUAUACUUUGUAAACCAAUGUUGAUUUAUCUACAGUAUUCCACUGUCUGUGGUAUUGCAAGUGCAAUACAACACACUAUUAAAUUAAUUAUUGUACCCGGAAAGUAAAAUUGCACUUCAAAGUUUCAAAGUAAUUUCCAGAAUGAAGGGUCAUUUUGUUCUUAUUUUUCAGGUUACUGUAUUUUUACCACACUUUUAUUACCACAUAUUACUUUAUGUUGUUUUGCAUCAUAAAAAUGGCAUUAGAAUAUAUUCUAUGAGACAUACAGUAUAUUCUACUAUAAUCACAGCAAGAUGAAAUUAAUUUAUUGUGAAUAUUUCAAUUUGAUAGGCAUAUCUUAGCAGCUGUUCAUUUCAACUGUAACCUCCAAAGAGAUGUUCAGUUGCACAAGACGACCAACCAGAAAAGGAUUACAGCAUCAUAUCCCAAGUUCAAGAAUGGUGAGGCAGUUGUUCGGGAUGUCAGAGUGAAGCCAAAUUUUGGUAAGAUAAUUUUGGUAUCUGUGAAUUCCCAGAAUAUUCUCCAUCUAUGUCUCUUGCUAUGUUUUAGUGAAGUCGAUAUGCUCCCUGCCUAUGGCCUAUACCCUCCUCAGACCAUAGAGAUUAUAAAUAACACUAGAGGAGACAUCGCAAUCUUGACAUCAGGCAAAAAAAGUAAUGCUGCUAUGAGGGGGAGGGGGGGGGAGCAAUGAGAGCACAAUUUUAUAUCUGGGACUUGAAUUUUCCCCCAAUUAGCCGCGUUCCCAUUUUUUAACCUUGAUGUGUCGUCUAGUGUUAUUUAUAAUCUCUAUGCCUCAGACAUCCACCAUACAAUACACACCCACCAUAUUUGACCGAAAUAAUUAUAGUGAAAUAUUGAUCAAUGUAUACCAUGAACCCACGUAUAUAUCCAUGUUUGAUUUGUACAGAAUACAUCGAAGAAAUAUUUCAAACUUUUCUUAAUGCUACCAAAGAUGAUCUCAAAAAGGCAGCCAAGCAACUGAAAGAGAAUGCCCCACCUGCUAUGAAUAUGAUGCUUAACAAGCAAUCAAAAGCAGAGGCAGUUAAGAAAAGAGAUGAGAGGAAAAAAAUUGUUGUGAAGAAUGUCCCUCCAACCACACCAGGUAUUUAAUUUAAUUAAACAUUAAUUAAAACAUAUUGUUAUUAUUCAAUUAUUUUGUACCAUGUCUUAAUUGCAAAGUGCUUACAUGUAGAUAACCAGUGGCGGAAACUGGGGCGGGGGCAGGGGGCGAUUUCGCCCGCCCGCUCCGAUUACUUUAGCUACCUUUCAUUUUGAAAAAUGCAACAUGAGGGCCACAAACUAUACCUGGCAAAUAAGGGGCUCCCAUAGCCAGAUGACGUAAAAAAUCAUGUGUAUAGGCGCACUUUCACCUUUAGAAUUGAUUUCUGGCAUUUCCAGAGAUCGAAAUGUCACACUAUUUACAUUUGUUUUGAAAUUGUAUUUCCAGUUGGGAUUAGCUCACAGUCGAACCAGAAAUGGAAAUACUAUGACAGAUACAAAUUUGAAGAUUUUGGCUCGAAAAUGACACUCUAAAUAGUGUCUUUGAUAGCGAUCCGAACAAGAGCAUUUCCCCAUACCCCCUAGAAAUCUUGUGCCAAAGGCACUCAUCCCCCCUAUAUUUCGCAAAGUUUCCGCCACUGUAGAUAACCCAGUAUGCUUGCUGUUAAUAUAAAUCUUUUUGUUACUGUAGUUUCACUAGUUGUUGCACAGAGCCAAAAGAAGUGUAAAGCACCACCAAAAUGCAGGGCAUGUAAACAACCCAUGAAAGGACACAAGUUUGUCACAGAUUGUCCAAGGAAUGCAAGGAGCACACCAUAG